AUGAAGCUCUCCACCACCUUCGCUCUCCUCGCCGCGCUGACCUCUGGCAUCGCCAUCGGCGCCGCCGCCACCCCGAUCCAGGACGCCAGCUACGGAUCGAACAAGGUCGACAGAUCGUACGCCCACUGCACCAUCUCGGGCGUCGGCGAGAUGGCGGUCAGGAAUUACAAGCAGAACGACGGCAGCGAGGACUACUCCAUCUGCCUGCCCCAGGGAACGUGGCGCUUCGCCUACAAAGGCAGCAAGAAGGACGUCGCCGUCAUGUACCAGUACAAGGAGCACCAGGGCUUCGGCUUCGGUAACGCCGACUUCUGCAACAAGCCCGAGGCCUGCAUGGAGGUCCGCAUCGACGACGACGAGAACAGGUGCUACGGAUUCACCGUCAGGCCUGGCUCGCACGUCAAGAGCGACUUUAGCAGGCUCGUCACGUACAUCAACAACGCCGCCAUGAUCGGUGUUGAGCUGGGCGUCACCCUCCAGGGCAAGGAGUUCUUCUACCCCGUCUGCCACCUCGAAGUCGUCAGGCCCUAA